AUGCAUUCAUUUUUAAGUCGAUUAAAUACACUAUUUGCUUUUACAUUAACUGUUCUUGCUGUUCUAACAAUUGGUGUAUUUCUUUCAACUUAUUUUGAAAAAUAUCAUGGUACUGUAUCGAUUGGAGUCAAUAAACCAAUUGUAAAACAUAUGACGGAUUUUUCGGCUAAUCGAAAAAAAAAUGACUUAGGUGUAUUACAACUUAAUUUAGAUAUGAAUCUUGAUCAUUUAUUUGAUUGGAAUGUUAAACAAUUAUUUUUAUAUUUACUCGCAGAAUAUGUUACGCCCACUAAUAGUCUUAAUCAAGUUGUUCUAUGGGAUAAAAUAAUUCGACGUGGUGAAAAUGCACGUCUUAAUUUACGUGAUAUUGUAACGAAAUAUUAUUUUUGGGAUGAUGGAGAACAUUUAAAAUCAAAUAAUGUUACAUUAACACUUGGCUGGAAUAUAAUAUCAAAUGCUGGUCGUUUGCUUCAUGUUCGAGCAAAUGGUUCAACAUCUUUCAUUUUUCCUGAUAGUUAUGCAACAAGUCGAUCGGGUAGUUCAAAAUCAGGUGGUCAAGAAUAA